AAUUCUGCGUGCGCACUCGGAACUCAAGAUCUAACCACUACCUAAACUUAAAUAUAUUGCAUCGAGGUUUGUACCAUGGCGACGCAUCGGGGCUCGGCCUUCGUCCUCGCCAUUCUCCUAACAUUGACUAUUGCAGCCGCAAGUCAGUUUAAGGUUGGCGGCUCGGGCCAAUGGACUAGUCCUAAUCCUAAUUCGAUGUCGUACAAUGACUGGGCCGAGAGAACCCGGUUCCAAGUUGGCGACACUCUAUUGUUCUCCUAUCCUCCCGACAAGGACUCGGUGCUGCUAGUGGAUCAGAAUGCUUACAACAGCUGCGAUACGUCAUCGUUCAUCGAUCAGUUCAAGGACGGGAGCACGGCGUUCACGUUCGCGAGGUCAGGUCCCUUCUACUUCAUCAGCGGAAACAAAGACAACUGCAAGAAGGACGAGAAGCUGAUCGUCAUGGUCAUGGUGGGCCGAAACGGUAGAACGAGCUUAAUAGCGCCUUCGCCCUCGCCUUCUCUUCCUCCAUCAACUUCUACAGCUUCUUCGCCCCCGCCUAAGGGACAAAUAGAGGUUUCACCAUCAACUUCACCUCCCUCUCCCCCUCCACCUAGUGGGGCUUCUUCGCAAGUUGUGGGCUUCAUGAGCACACUUGGAGCAGCUAUUGUUGCAUCUUUAUUCUAUGUCUUAUGAGAGGUGUGUGUGUGUGUGUGUGUGUGUGUGUUUUGUGAUUAAUGAGUGUGGAGUCAACUUAUUGCUGUAUGAAAUGUUGUGUAAAGAUUUUUUUUUUCUUUAAUUUCUUACAUGUAUUUUUAUUUUUGCGGAAGUUAUUUUGGCAUUGAUUGUAUUGAUAGAAUCAUAAGGAUGGAGAAUAAGCAGGAUUAUUCAUACCAUUGUGAGUGUGUAUGGGUGUUGGUGUUGUUGUAUUUAUUGGAAAAGAGGAAAUAAAAUGUGUGUAUUGAAUUUGAAUC